AUGUUAGACUGUUCUGUGGAGGAGGAUGCCUUUGGGCCAAUUGUCGCUCCUUCUUGUCUGCGUGGAUUUGACUUCACUCUCUUGUUUGAAGAGGGUAUUCUCACACUCGGGCCGAUCGGUAUUGUUUGUUUAGCAGCAUCUAUUCGAAUUUGGAAGCUUUCGACUGUCCCAGAAAAGGUCAACCGGUCAUGGUUGUAUGCCACGAAGGAGCCUACCACAUUCAAAACAAAAGCAACUGUGAUUACAACUUUUGUGACUGUCAUUAUUUCCCUUUUUCUGACCUACUUGUCUCAUCUUGAGCAUCUCCGCUCCAUACGCCCAUCUACAGUGAUCAAUGUCUUCCUUGCAUUUACCUUGCUCUUCGACCUCGUACGCCUUCGGACUCUGUAUUUUAUGCCCAUUACUCAAACCGUGACCGUUCUUUUUGCUAUAUCGUGGGUCAUCAAAGCGAUGAUUCUCGGGUUGGAGGCGACAGAAAAGAGAUCUUUGCUCAAAAAGAGAUAUGAAAAUAGCCCGAUCGAGUCGACCAGUGGCGUGCUGAAUCGCGCUAUAUUUUGGUGGCUGAAUGAACUACUUUGGCGCGGGUCAAAAGAUAUUUUGACAGUUGACAGCCUACCUACUCUCGACAAUGAUAUCAGCGCUGCUUCAAAUCCCCAGUCACUCCUUGAAAGAUGGGACAAAGCCAACAAGUAUCAUCAAAAUUCACUCUUAUGGACCUUCGUAUCUCACUACAAAUGGGCCUUUCUGGAGGGUGUUUUACCCCGGCUUGCAUACACGGGAUUUUGCUUUGCCCAGCCAUUUCUCGUCGAGCGCGUACUCGAUUUUAUGACUGAACCAGAGCACGUUAACUCUGCCAACUAUGCGCACGGACUUAUCGGUGCCUAUGCUAUUGUGUAUCUCGGUAUCGCCAUCUCAUAUGCUGCUUACGAGCACAAGACAUACCGCGUUAUUACCAUGGUCCGAGGAAGUUUAGUCACGCUAAUCUUCAACAAAACUCUGCGGAUGAGCACAACGGUUAUCUCAGAUACUGCUGCCAUUACGUUGAUGAGUACUGAUAUCGAACGGAUCGGAAAUGGUCUCGGAGAGAUGCACGAGUUAUACUCUAACUUUACCGAGGUUGUAUUGGCCUUGUGGCUACUAGCACGACUGCUCAAUGUAGCGACAAUCGCGUCUACUACGGUUGUUGUCGUAUGUUUGGCUGCAGGUGUCCCGCUGGCAGUCGCUUGUGGAAAAUCACAAGGCAUAUGGCUCGAGGCUGUUGAAGAGCGAGUGACUGUUACCUCCAAGGUUCUUGGAGUGAUGAAAAACGUCAAGAUGGCAGGCUUGACAGAAACCAUCUCCAGCAGUCUUCGGGAUUUGCGCUCUGCAGAAAUCGAUGCUUCAUUUCCGUUCCGACUCUACGAAACAUUGGGGAUUACACUAGGGUAUGCCUCUUCAUCCUUGGCCCCAGUGUUUGGAUUUGGUGUUUAUGUCAUUCUUGCCGAAGCAAAUGACACAGCUACACUGACAAACGGGCUGGCCUUUUCUGCGCUGACACUCUUUUCGCUGUUGGAUCAGCCAAUGGGCUCUAUUGUGAAUGGCUCAGAGGAUCUGAUGGCCGUGGUCAAUUGCUUUCAGCGGAUCCAAAAGCACUUGAUGGAAGCGGAAAGACUUGACCGCCGAUUAAAGCACGAUACUCAGGGGUCUCUAUCAGUGCAAGGUACUAGUAAAGUGCCUCUAAUUGAGACUGAUUCCUCAGCCUGGGAACAUCAUAUCGAACCUUGUGCUAUCCUUCGAAACCUCUCUGUAGCUUGGUCAAUUGACACUGAGCCGGUGCUGAAAGAUCUGAACACCAACAUCCAAGAGUCUAAGGUUACAAUGAUUGUUGGGCCUGUUGGCAGUGGCAAGUCUACGUUUUUGAAGAUGCUCAUGGGGGAGAUCCCAGAACAUUCUGGCUCAAUCUCCACCAGCUUCACUCAUGCCGCAUAUUGUAGUCAGUUGCCAUGGAUUACAUUCGGGACAAUUCAAGAAAAUAUUGUGGGUGCAUCGCCAUGGGAUCGACCCUGGUACGACCAGGUUACGAAGUUAUGCGCUUUACAGGCCGAUUUCCAACAACUUUCUGCGGGAGAUCAGACAAAAGUCGGCGUUCGGGGUUCUCGACUCAGUGGUGGACAGCAAAUGCGCGUGGCGCUUGCGCGGGCCCUAUACUCGAAAGAGCCAGUUCUUAUUUUAGACGACGCCCUAACGGGCCUUGACCGAGAAACUGAGAAGGUAAUUCUAGAUAAUUUGUUUGCUGAACAUGGUUCCAUCAAGCAUUCUCGGCAAACAGUGAUUAUGGCAACAAACUCAGCGCAUCAUCUUCACUAUGCCGAUGAUAUCAUCGCGCUAGAUAAGGAAGGGCGAAUUAUCCAACACGGGUCAUAUAGUGAUCUCACCAGUACCGGUGGUGAUAUUAGAAUGCUUUCCAAUGGUGUUGACCAAGUCAACACUUCCAAACCCCCCAAUUUUGCUUUGGACGACGAAGCAUUGCGGGAAUUGGACUUGGAUGACCAACACACGGAUUUAAGUCGACGAACUGGCGACUGGACUGUCUAUCGCUUCUAUUUCCAGAACAUUGGUUGGCCUCUUCUAUCGCUCUUCCUUGCAUGCUGUGUUCUCUUUAUUCUCGGUCUCAGCUUUCCUCAAAUAUGGUUGCAGUGGUGGACCCGUGCCAAUGAACAGCACCCCAAUGAACAUGUUCAUUACUGGUUAGGUGUAUAUGCUGCACUUGGUUUCUUCUCACUUCUAACUACCUUUAUUGGCACUUGGAUCCUCAUCAUGAUCAUACAGCCCCGAACAGCCCGUCGGUUCCACGAGAUUCUUUUGAGUACCACAAUGAGAGCCACGACCUCUUUUCUUACCUCCACGGAUAUUGGAAGCACCACAAACAGAUUUAGCCAAGAUCUGGAGCUCAUUGACGACGAGCUUCCUUCAGCCUUGGAGCUAACAGUCAAUGCUGCGCUAAGCUGUGUUGUAGAAGGAUUUCUAGUCUUUGUUGGCUCUUCUUACGUUACAGCAGCAGUGAUCCCAGUCUGCGUCCUGGUGAUAUAUUACGUGGCAAGAUUCUACGUCCAAACCUCUCGCCAAAUGCGUCUGCUAGACAUUGAAGCCAAAGCACCUUUAUUCUCGCAAUUCUUAGAAGCCCUCAAUGGCCUCUCUAGCAUUCGAGCCUAUGGCUGGACAGAGGAUUACCGCCGCCGCAAUCAAAUUGCCCUCGACGCUUCCCAGCGCCCAUCUUAUUUGCUUUAUUGCAUUCAGCGCUGGAUUGGUCUUGUGCUAGAUUUGAUAGUGGCAUGUAUCGCUGUUAUCGUCAUCACUGUUGCAAUCUCGAUGAAGGGUAGCCCUUCCAUGAACUUAUUGGGUAUCGCACUAUUCAACAUUGUCAAUUUCAGUGGCACCCUUCAGACGCUUGUUACAUACUGGAUUGGAUUGGAAACCUCCAUUGGGGCGGUUUCUAGAAUUCGCUCAUAUGUGCUACAAGCCACUACCGAGGAUCUAGUUUCCGAAACAGAGGCUGUUCCGGAGGACUGGCCUCAGCAGGGUGGGAUUGAUAUAGCCGGCCUUUCAGCAUCUUACGAUGCCUCUUCGGAGCCUGUUCUUAUGGGAAUUGAUCUCAAAAUUCGCCCCGGCGAAAAGAUUGCUCUCUGUGGCAGGACUGGCAGUGGGAAAUCAUCCCUUGUUUCGGCAAUUCUACGAAUACUAGAGCUAAAUAGCGGUACAAUCCUAAUUGACGGCAUAGAUAUUUCAAAGGUCUCCAGAGCACACGUUCGGUCCAGGAUCAACACCAUUCCGCAACAGCCCUUUUUCCUCCAUGGCACGGUACGGCUCAAUGCAAAUCCCGACGAAAAUGCAACUGAUGAAACAAUCAUUGCAUCCCUACAAGCAGUCAAUCUAUGGUCUUACAUUCAACUCAAAGGAGGGCUGGAUAUCGAUAUGUCUGAUGAUUUACUAUCUCAUGGGCAGAAACAGCUCUUCUGCCUCGCAAGAGCACUUUGCAAAUCCAGCAAUAUUAUUAUCAUGGACGAGGCUACUAGCAGUGUGGACUCGGACACAGAUACGCUCAUGCAAACCGUCAUUCGAACGCACUUCAAAAAUCAAACUGUCAUCGCUAUUGCGCACAAACUGCAUACAGUCCUAGAUUUUGACAAAGUUGCUCUCAUUGAAAACGGCAAAAUUGUGGAGUUCGAUACACCCAAAGCGCUUUUGUCAAAAGAGGGAUCGGGUUUUAGGACUUUGUUGGAGGCUUUUCAUGACAGUUCUAGAGAAUAG